AGUGUGGGAAUAUACCGGGGCAUUGCAAGUUUUCCAAUAGACUACAGUAACUUUGACUCAAUACAUUAUUUUAUAAGUCUGCUCUGUACGCGAACAAAAGCGCAGUCGUAGAUGGCGGAUGAGUUAAUGUACUUUCUGCGUUGAGGAUUGUGGCUUACAGUAGCUACCAAACUCGGGGGUUUGGCCCAAAGAAUGCCCCGGACUAAAAAGCCCCAAAGUGUCUCCUCUGGUUCGAGUCAGCUUUGUGGCUCGGACCGGGCGGAACCACAACAGCAUGCAGAACCGAGAGAGCAAGGGUCAUCGGGGGACAGCGAGGGAGGGCGUGAGAAGGACUUGGGAGACCCCCAGAUAAUCAAAUCACCAAGUGACCCAAAACUCUACAGGUACAUCGAGUUGGAGAACGGACUGAGGGCUCUCCUCAUCUCAGACAUGAGCUUGAGGUCUGGAGACUCAGACAGUUCAGGAGAGGAGGAGGAGGAGGAGGAAGAAGAGGAGGAGGAGGAGGAGAGUGGGGAGGAGGAGGAGGAGGAGGAGGAGGAAGACGAAGAAGGCGAGAGGGACUCUGGCAGUGAGCCGGACGAGGACAGCGAUGGAAAGAGUAAAAAGGGAUGUUCAGAGAAGCAGUCAGCCGCCGCUCUGUGUGUUGGCGUGGGCAGUUUCAGCGACCCGGAGGAUCUGCCUGGUCUGGCCCACUUCCUCGAACACAUGGUGUUCAUGGGCAGUGAGAAGUACCCCGCGGAGAACGGCUUCGACGUGUUUCUGAAGAAGCACGGAGGCAGCGACAACGCCUCCACGGAUUCCGAGAGGACCAUCUUCCAGUUCGAUAUCCAGAGGAAGCACUUCAGGGAGGCCUUGGACAGGUGGGCGCAGUUCUUCAUCUGUCCCCUCAUGAUCCGCGACGCCAUGGACCGGGAGGUGGAGGCGGUCGACAGCGAGUACCAGCUGGCCAGGCCAUCUGACUCUCACCGCAAGGAGAUGCUCUUCGGCAGCCUGGCCAAAGCCAGCCACCCCAUGGGCAAGUUCUGCUGGGGAAAUGCGCAGACGUUGAAACACGAGCCGAGAGAGAAGAACAUCGAUACCUACACGCGUCUGCGCGAGUUCUGGAAGAGACACUACUCCUCCCAUUACAUGUCACUCACCGUGCAGUCCAAAGAGACACUGGACACUCUCGAGGAGUGGGUGAGGGAGAUCUUCAGCAAAGUCCCAAACAACUCUCAGCUCAAGCCUGACUUCUCCCAUCUCCAGGACCCCUUUGAUACCCCUGCUUUCAACAAGCUUUACAGAAUUGUACCUGUGAGGAAGGUUCAUGCUCUGAACAUUACCUGGGCCCUGCCUCCUCAGGGAAAGCACUACAGGGUGAAGCCUCUACAUUACAUCUCCUGGCUGAUCGGUCAUGAAGGCACUGGCAGCAUCCUCUCUGUGUUGAGGAAGAGGUGCUGGGCUCUGUCCCUGUUUGGUGGGAACAGCGAAACGGGCUUCGACCAGAACACCACCUACUCCAUCUUCAGCAUCUCCGUCACGCUGACGGACGAGGGCUUCCAGAACUUCUACCAGGUGGUGCACCUGGUGUUCCAGUACCUGAGAAUGCUACAGACGGUUGGCCCUCAACAGAGAAUUUAUGAGGAAAUUCAGAAGAUUGACGCCAACGAGUUUCGCUACCAAGAGCAGACGGACCCCAUAGACUAUGUGGAGAACGUCUGUGAGAACAUGCAGCUCUUCUCCAAGGAGGACUUCCUGACCGGCAACCAGCUCAUGUUCGAGUAUGAACCUGAGGUGAUCUCCGCAGCCCUGACCCUGCUGACCCCAGAGAAGGCCAACCUGCAGCUGCUGUCUCCGGGGCACGAGGGGCACUGUGAGCUGCGGGAGAAGUGGUUCGGCACGCAGUACAGUGUGGAAGAUAUCGAGCAGGAGUGGAGGGACCGCUGGGCGGCAGACUUCGAGCUGAAUCUAGAACUGCACCUUCCGGCGGAGAACAAGUUCAUCGCCACGGAUUUUACCUUGAAAACGUCUGACUGCCCCAACACAGAGUAUCCUGUUAGGAUCAUCAGCAAUGAGAGAGGCUGUCUCUGGUUCAAGAAGGACAACAAGUUCAAGACGCCCAAAGCCUACGUGUGCUUUCACCUCCUGUCUCCUGUCAUUCAGAAAUCUCCUGAGAACCUGGUGCUGUUCGACGUCUUCAUCAACAUCCUGGCCCACAACCUGGCAGAGCCGGCCUACGAGGCCGACGUGGCUCAGCUGGAGUACAAGCUGGUGGCGGGAGAGCACGGAGUCAUGAUCAAGAUCAAGGGCUUCAACCACAAACUGCCUCUGCUGUUGAACCUGAUAGUGGACCACCUGGCUGACUUCACCGCGACCCCUGACGUGUUCUCCAUGUUCACCGAGCAGCUGAAGAAGACCUACUUCAACAUUCUCAUCAAACCGCACCGGCUGGGAAAGGACGUGCGGCUCCUGGUUCUGGAGCACUCCCGCUGGUCCACGGUGCAGAAGUACCAGGCGGUGAUGAAGGGUCUCAGUGUGACCGACCUCAUGGGCUUCGUCAGCGGCCUGAAGGCCGAGAUGUAUGCAGAGGGGCUGGUGCAGGGAAACUUCACCAGCUCUGAAUCAGUGGAGUUUCUGCACUAUGUUAUUGACAAGCUGCAGUUCAGAAGUCUGCCAGAAGAGGUCCCCGUUCUCUUCCGGGUGGUGGAGCUCCCGGCAAAGCAUCACCUGUGCAAAGUCAAGUCCCUCAAUAAGGGAGACGCCAACUCUGAAGUGACAGUGUACUACCAGUCUGGGCUGAAGAACCUGAGAGAACACACCAUGAUGGAGCUCCUGGUGAUGCAUAUGGAAGAGCCCUGCUUUGACUUCCUCAGGACCAAAGAGACCCUCGGGUAUCAAGUGUACCCGGCCUACCGAAACACCUCCGGUGUUUUAGGCUUUUCGGUCACCGUGGAGACGCAGGCCACCAAAUUCAGCACGGACCUGGUGGAGGUGAAGAUCGAGGAGUUCCUGGCCAGCUUCGGGGAGAAGAUGGCCGCCCUCACGGAGGAGGCGUUUGAGACGCAGGUGACGGCCCUGAUCAAGCUGAAGGAGUGUGAGGACACUCACCUGGGCGAGGAGGUGGACAGGAACUGGUUUGAAGUGGUCACCCAGCAGUACGUCUUCGACAGACUCAGCAAAGAGAUUGCGGCUUUGAGGCUGAUCUCCAUGUCCGAGCUGGUGUCCUGGUUCCUGGAGCACAGAGGGGCGGGCAGCAGGAAACUCAGUGUGCACGUGGUGGGUUUUGGGGAGGAGGAGAAUGACCCUCCAGGAGAAGAGCAGUGCGGCGGUGCCCCAGAGCAUGCUGGGAAGAGCUCUACGUACGGAGAGGUGUCCAAACUCACCUUCCUGCCUGCCUCACCCGCGCUGGCCGACGCCACAGCGAUCACGGACAUCAGAGCCUUCACCUCCAGUCUGAGCCUCUACCCUUACCACAAGAUCCUGUCAUAGAGAGGGGAGUCUAUACCUCUACCCUUACCACAAGAUCCUGACAUAGAGAUGUAUACCUCUACCCUUACCACAAGAUCCUGACAUAGAGAUCUAUACCUCUACCCUUACCACAAGAUCCUGACAUAGAGAGGGGAGUCUAUACCUCUACCCUUACCACAAGAUCCUGACAUAGAGAUGUAUACCUCCACCCUGAGCCUCUACCCUUACCACAAGAUCCUGACAUAGAGAGGGUCAUCUGUACCUCUACCUUUACCACAAGAUCCUGACAUAGAGAUAUAUACCUCUACCCUUACCACAAGAUCCUGACAUAGAGAUAUAUACCUCUACCCUUACCACAAGAUCCUGACAUAGAGAUAUAUACCUCUACCCUUACCACAAGAUCCUGACCUAGAGAGAGGCGUCUAUACCUCUACCCUGACCACAAGAUCCUGACAUAGAGAUCUAUACCUCUACCUUUACCACAAGAUCUUGACAUAGAGAGGGGGAUCUAUACCUGUACCCUUACCACAAGAUCCUGACAUAGAGGGGCAUCUAUACCUCUACCCUUACCACAAGAUCCUGACAUAGAGAUCUAUACCCCUACCCUUACCACAAGAUCUUGACAUAGAGAGGGGCAUCUAUACGUCUACCCUUACCGCAAGAUCCUGACAUAGAGAUCUAUACCCCUACCCUUACCACAAGAUCUUGACAUAGAGAGGGGCAUCUAUACGUCUACCCUUACCACAAGAUCCUGACAUAGAGAUCCAUACCUCUACCCUUACCACAAGAUCCUGACAUAGAGGGGCAUCUAUACCUCUGCCCUUACCACAAGAUCCUGACAUAGAGAUCUAUACCCCUACCCUUACCACAAGAUCCUGACAUAGAGAGGGACAUCUAUACCUCUGCCCUGACCACAAGAUCCUGACAUAGAGAUCUAUACCCCUACCCUUACCACAAGAUCCUGACAUAGAGAGGGGCAUCUAUACCUCUGCCCUUACCACAAGAUCCUGACAUAGAGAUCUAUACCUCCACCUCAUUCAAUAGCUAGAGCAGGGCUGCCCUACCCUGUUCAUGGUAAUUUACCAUCCUGUAGGUUUUCACUCUUAACCGUUACCAAGCGCACCUCAUUCAACAGCUAGAGUCGGGUGUGCCAAAUGGUAGAUCUCCAGGGACAGGGUUGGUUACCACGGCUUUGGAUGAAGAUUAAUGCUCCCCCCCCCCCCCCCCUCAUUUCUCAUUGUCUGAUGAAACAAGGGGUCAAUCACAGUUUUACACACAAGGCUCUGCGCUCUUAGAAGCAGUGACAUUUAAUAAAGCGGCACUUAUAGAUUCCUCCCCCGCCAAACUACUCUAGGCACCCGUAAGUGUUCUAACAGUGGGGCCCGCGGCAGCUUGAACAGGAGCCGGUGUGGAGGGACAGAUACUGCGGGAAUGGACAUUGAUUGGGUGAAUGAGAAGCGUUAAUUCUACAGCGCUUUGGAUAAAGGCGCUAUACAAAUGCAGGUGUUCACCGUUUUGCUGCUGGUGGUGUCUGGGUUUUUGGUGACUUCUGCGGUUGGUGUGAUGUCAGAUCCAGAUCCGGGACUGACCAGAACCAGGUUCUGGAAAAUAACUGCGUUGUGUGCGAUUUGAAUAUGGAUGUGCCGUGUCAAACUAAUGGUGAAAAGACGGUUGGUGAUGAGGUAGGGACUGGAAUGGGAGUGUGAUUUAGGAGUAAAGAUGUUUUUUUUGAAAAGUUCCUAACCCCCCCACCGCCUGCAGUCAGCUCUCUGUUAACAUUUAGCGAUGUCAUCUGAUAAUUAUGCAAAAACAGACUGCAUCACGUCACAUGGGUGACGGAAUCGUUUUGCAAACAGCUUGGAAAAAAAAUAACAGUUAAGACAUUAAAAUAUGCAUACUUCUACCGAAAUUGCAAUAGUUUUUACUUUGAUCCAGUAUGCAACCCGAAUCGAGCUCUCUUCAUUAAUUCAUGAAAUGAGGCGGGUAUCACAUCUACCUACCAAUGUCUGAGCUGGUGGCAUGCUUUAAACGGCCCGUUUGAAUGAGGACGGUCUGUUUGUAAAUACAUUAUUUAUUAAAGAGGAUUUGAAA